GAUAAAAGAAUUGUUACCUUCCUACAUAAUUAAUAUUCUGCUAAAUGACAGAGCACUUAGAUUUUCAUAUAUAUAUAUAUAUAUAUGAUGAAAUAAAUUAAGAUGAGCUGCCAUUUCUGAGAUGUUAGUUCUCAAUUCUGGGAUUUUGUACUGUACUGAAUAUGAAAACUGAACAUUAUCUCUUCUUCUUUCUCAUACCAAUCAUACAUUUGUGGGUUCUUACUGAGGGAUUGGAAGCUUAUAAUCUCCAUAACUCUGUUGCUCCAAUCAGUAGGAAUAGUUUUCCAAAAGAUUUUAUAUUCGGAGUAGCUUCAAGUGCUUGCCAGAGUGAAGGAGCAGCAGAUACUGAUGGCAAGAAACCAAGCAUUUGGGAUACCUUUACCAAGAACUACCCACAAAAAAUUAAGGAUCGCAGUACAGGAGAUGUAGCUGACGAUUUUUAUCACCGUUACAAGGGGAAAAUCAAUGGGGGAGUGAAUCCACUGGGUGUUCAAUUUUACAAUGACCUCAUCAACAAUCUACUUUCCAAUGGUAUAAAGCCCUUUGUGACUUUACUCCAUUUCGACCCUCCACAAGCUCUGGAAGAUGAGUAUGGUGGUUUUCUAAGCCCACAAAUAGUGAAAGAUUAUGUGGACUAUGCAGACUUUUGUUUCAAAACAUUUGGAGAUCGAGUGAAGCUUUGGGUGACCAUAAAUGAACCCAACAUAUUUGUCAUCCAAGGUUAUGACUCCGGUGUCUUGGCACCUGGUCGAUGCUCCCACCUUUUAGGAAAUUGCUCUGCCGGAAACUCUGCAACUGAACCUUACAUCGUCAUGCACCACCUACUUCUCAGCCAUUCAGCUGCUGUCAAAUUGUAUAGGGACAAGUACGAGGUUAUCCAAAAGGGACAAAUCGGAAUUACGAUAUCAAGUCAAUGGUAUACUCCAAAGUACAAUACAUCUUCUGGCCGCUUGGCUACCUCUAGAGUCUUGGAUUUUUCCUUUGGAUGGUAUUGGAAAGAGCUUUUGCUAUAUGUGAAGGAAAUUUACAACAAUCCUACUAUUUUCAUUACUGAAAAUGGAAUGGCUGACGAUGCCUCUUUGCCGCUUGAAGUUGGCCUUAAAGAUGGUUUAAGAAUAAGAUACCUUAGUAGUCACUUAUCUUAUCUUUUAAGGGCAAUCAAGAAGGGUGUUAAUGUAAAAUCAUACUAUAUAUGGUCAUUUUUUGAUGACUUUGAAUGGAGCAGUGGCUACACCAUUCGAUUUGGCAUCACUUAUGUUGAUUAUAAGAAUAAUCUGAAACGAUACCUCAAGUACUCAGCCUAUUGGUUCAAAUUGUUCCUUGCAAAUUAAUUAUGUUUGAAGACCUCCCAAAUACUUUUUACUCUUCAUUUUCCAAUAAAAAAAUAAUAAAAAAAUGCUUUGUGUAACUUACAAUAAUAGUGCGGUUAAUUCAACCGAUCGAAUUAGUCCAUUUGACAAGAAUGUGCUCUCGUUUCUUUUUAAUAAGAGCUCGAUUUCAUGGAUAUGUGAGUUGAUUUGCAUGGAAAAAAUCCAAAUUUCUUAAAUAAAAGAUCGAGCGUUUUCAU